AUAGCGACGGAAAUAAAAUACUUUACUUUGUCGUGAAUACGUGAAGCAUCUCCAACAAAAUGAAAUUGUUUGUCGUCUUAUGUUUCGUGGCUGUUGCCUGCGCAGCUCCACCUUAUGAAGGCGCUGAGGUCCUUCGCUACGAAAACGAUAACAUUGGAACUGGAACCUACAGAUUUGCUGUUGAACAAUCUGACGGCACACAACAGGAAGCAGUCGGUGAGCUAAAGAAUGGUGAAGUUGCGGUAGUCAAGGGAUCAUACUCAUGGAACGCUCCCGAUGGUUUAAGAUAUGUCGUCACAUACGAAGCUGAUGAACUAGGAUACCGCUCAACCAUCGACAAACAAGGCGUAGCCAAUACUAAAUACACUUCCGUUGUCUAAUUUCCGUACUGAUCCGUUGAUAUGAUGUUAACUAGCGAAAUAAAAUAUUGAAUAAGAAAA